GGGCAGAUACUUCUUCUCAGAUGUCCCCAUUUCUGCGAUAUAUCCUUUCAGAUUCCCAAUAUUAUACCCCAAUAACAGCUUGUCGCAUUUACUUCAAUGGUGGGGUUUCCAUAACUUUCAGCUUUCUCCUCUAUACCUUGCUUUGAUUCUGCUCUUUUUCCCUCAAUUCACUCAUACAUGUUUCUGGGUUUUGUCUCAUCUCCCACAAUCUUCUUCUACUUGUGUUUUAUGUCUUUUCUUCUCACAAAAGUGGGCUUUUCUUUUUGCAAAGUUUGAAUCUUUUUUGGACAAUCUUCAUCAAGUGUGGGUUCACAAACAAGAAAGGUGAGAUCUUUUUAGUGAAAACCCCAUUUUUAUACUUUUCGAAUCUAAUAUUUUGCUUUUUUUAGGUUCAUCUUAGAAUUCUUUUCUUUCUCCUGUAUGAUUGCUUACUUUGCUUAGAUUGUCUUGUCUGUUAUUGGGUUUUGUCCCAAAAAAAAAACCCAUUUAAGAGAAUCAUCUAUGGUUGCAUAAUUUAGAUUAAACCCUUGUCAAUUUUCCUGAUUUAGAGGAAGAAAACUUGAUAGUUUGUUUGGGCUUUGAUGAAUAAUUAGUGAAUUGACUAGCCCUUAACUUAAAGUAUGCACUAAAUGGGAUUUGAUUUAUGGAUUAUUUAAUGGAAAUUUGAGUGUGUAGCUUGAUUAUAAAGGGAUUGGUUUGUUUAUGAAUGUGGUAUGAAUAUGAUUGGUGUGAGUAAGAAGAGUGGAGGGUGUUCUCUACUGUCUAGUUGGUUCCUUUGAUAUAAUAAUUGGGUUGGGCUGCUUUUGACACUUUAGAUUCGGCUCGCUAGUAUAUAGAUGGCAGGGGGCAUUGAUGUAUCCAAGUAUGCUCACUGUCCUGUCCACAAGGCAAUAGCCACAAAAGACCAUGCCACUCUCCGGAAAUUAUUGUCUGGCCUCCCCCGUCUGUCUGAUCCCGCAGAAAUUCGUUCUGAAGCAGCCUCGUUGGCUGAGGAAGAAAAGGCUGAUGCUAUAUCGACUGUGGUCGAUAGGCGUGAUAAUGUGCCUAAUCGAGACACACCCCUUCACCUGGCUGUGAAACUCGGUGAUGAGACUGCAGCGGAGAUGUUGAUGACUGCUGGUGCAGAUUGGAGUUUGCAGAAUGAGCAGGGGUGGAGUGCAUUGCAGGAAGCAGUUUGCAAUAGACAUGAAUCAAUUGCAAAGAUUAUAGUUCGGCACUACCAGCCGUUGGCUUGGGCUAAAUGGUGUAGAAGGUUGCCUCGGUUGGUUGGAACUAUGAGGAGGAUGAGGGACUUCUAUAUGGAGAUUACAUUUCAUUUUGAGAGUUCAGUGAUUCCUUUCAUCUCUAGGAUUGCCCCUUCUGAUACCUAUAAGAUUUGGAAGUCAGGUGCGAAUUUGAGGGCGGACAUGACUUUGGCUGGGUUUGACGGUUUUCGUAUCCAACGUUCUGAUCAGAGUAUUCUUUUCCUUGGAGAUGGAUCUGAAGAUGGAAAGUUACCUCCUGGAUCACUAUGUAUAGUUUCUCACAAGGAUAAGGAGAUAAUGAAUGCACUUGAAGGUGCUGGUGCCCAAGCUUCUGAAGCAGAGGUUCAGCAAGAAGUGGCUUCUAUGUCGCAGACUAACAUAUUCAGGCCUGGGAUUGAUGUGACUGAAGCCAUUCUUCUACCCCAGCUUACGUGGAGACGCCAAGAGAAGACGGAACAGGUUGGUCUAUGGAAAGCUAAGGUGUACGAGAUGCACAAUGUGACUGUCAGCAUUAAAUCAAGGAAGGUCCCUGGGGCUAUGACCGACGAUGAGUUCUUCUCUUCGUGCAAUGAUAAUGAGACAGAUAGUGAAGAUCUCAAUGAGAUUUUGACGGAGGAGGAAAGAAAGCAACUUGAACUUGCACUUAAGUUAGAUUCAUGUGACGGGACCAACGAGGGGGGUGGUGAUGUGCUUGUUGGGCAUCGCCAUAGUUUUCAGGAGUCCAGGGAGAUUCCUAUUGAGGACUUAAAUGGAUGUAGAAAUGUGGAGAGCAACUAUGAAAAGAAAGGAUGGUUUGCCAGUUGGAGGAAGCGGGACCAUAAGAAUGAAGGGCAAAAAAAACUUGCUCCUCCCAGAAAUUCUCUUUCUGUUGAAGAGAAAGGGGGUGAUGUUGGCAACAAUUCUCCAUCUAGGAAUCCCGCCAAACCUGGAAGGCAUUCGGUGGACGUUGUAAGGGGGGAUGAGCCACAAAGAGCGAGGGAUAAAAGAACCUCUUCAUCAGGAAGCACUGAGAGCGGAAUCCGUCGGAAGGACGGGAGUCAGGAGAAUGAAUAUAAGAAAGGACUAAGGCCCAUUCUUUGGCUAUCCUCCAACUUUCCGCUACGCACAGAGGAGCUCUUACCGUUGCUUGACAUUCUAGCCAAUAAGGUGAAGGCAAUCCGGCGUCUAAGAGAACUGUUGACAACAAAACUUCCUAUGGGAACAUUUCCUGUUAAGGUUGCUAUCCCAAUCGUCCCUACAAUCAGGGUAUUAGUUACUUUCACAAAGUUCGAGGAAUUACAACCCGUUGAAGAGUUCUCGACACCGCCUUCCAGUCCUACAACUGCUGCUCAUGAAAAUCCAACAGUAGCCACUGCUUCGAGUUCCUCGUGGUUCCGGUGGAUAAAAGCUCCUUACCAGCGCUCAACCUCGUCUAGUGAUAGUACUAAUUUCGGCGACAAGACAGAGAAUUGUCAAGACCUGUUUGGUAUCCCGUCAGACUAUGUGUGGAUUACAGCUGAAGCAAAGAAAAAAAAGAUGCAAGAAAAGAACAAUUCUAAGAAAGGGAAAAACAAAGAGCAAUCAAAUGUAGCAAACUAAAUUAGGUGGGAGGUGAUAUUAUACAUAGCAUGUUAAAUAACUGACAAAAAGAAGAGCAAAACAAAGUAUUCAUUCAGUUACCAUGUAGAUAGUAGGAAGUGCUGGUGAGGAUAUGGCAAAUCUGGGUUUUUAGUUAUAUUUUACAUUACAAUUGUGCUGCAGUUAUAGUUGUUUAUGCAAAGUUGACAUUUGGUUGGCUUUAUAAUGAAGGAACUAUUCUCAUUGUAUUCUUUUUGGUUGUUAUCAAUCUAAUAAUUUCCUGUUUUGUGGUGGAUAUAA